UUCCCUACUAAUCAACUCCAAACCAAAACCUUUCCUAAUAUAUAUAUUUCUUCAAUUCACGGGUACGUUAACAAAUACUAACAUGCCCGGUUCUGUUGCGGUGAUGUCAAACUCACCGGUGUUCUUAUCAUCACCCAUGUUUCGACAACCAAUGAUCUCUCCAACAUCAUCACUUUCACUUCAUCAUCAUCAUGCUUCUCCAACACCGUCGUCUCCGUCGUCGUCGUUACACGGACACACAAUUAAUAAGGGGUUAUAUCAUCAUCAAGCAGAUCAAGGAGGAGUUGUAUUAUUACAAUCGUCACAGCAAGUCAUGAGUAAUAGUAGUCGCGAUCAGUCGAGUUCUUCUUCUACACAAUCAUCAUCUACUGUUAUGUUGAAUAAAAGGAAAAGACCCGCUAGGAUCCAGAUUCCGCUUGCGCCUUUGAGUUUUGUCAAUAAUAAUAAUAAUGAAGCUGCUAAACUGGAUGCUCAUGUUAAUGAUGAGAUUGAUGAGGAAGGAGAAGCGUAUUUUGUUUAUUCUAAAAGAGGGAAAAGAGGACCCAUGGAAGAUCGUUUCUCCGCAAUUGUUGGUCUCCAAGGAGAUUCCAAACAGGCGUUUUUUGGAGUAUUUGAUGGUCAUGGAGGCGCAAAGGCUGCGGAAUUUGCAGCAAAGAAUUUGAAUAGAAAUAUAAUGAGUGAAUUAGCUAAUAAAAGCGAAGAUGAAAUCGAGGAAGUUGUUAGAGACGGAUAUCUUGCUACGGAUUCGGAGUUUAUAAAAUCAGAAGAAGAUGUGAACGGUGGUACUUGUUGUGUGACCGCAUUGAUUCGUAAGGGGAAACUUAUUGUCUCAAAUGCGGGUGAUUGUCGUGCUGUCAUGAGCCGAGGUGGUGUCGCGGAAGCUCUCACUGAUGAUCACAAGCCUUCUAGGAAAGACGAAAAAGAUAGGAUCGAAAGCUUGGGUGGAUACGUUGAUUGUCGCAAUGGUAUAUGGAGAAUACAAGGUUCACUUGCGGUAUCAAGAGGAAUAGGGGACAAGCAUCUCAAGAAAUGGGUGAUUGCAGAACCAGAAACCAGAAUACUCGACAUUAGUAGACCUGAAUGCGAGUUCUUAAUCCUUGCGUCGGAUGGGAUAUGGGAUACGGUCAGUAACCAAGAAGCAGUAGACGUCGUUCGGCCCUUUUGCAUAGGGACCAAUAAACCUGAUCUAACUUCUGCUUGUAAGAAGCUUGUUGACUUAUCAGCGACAAGGGGUUCUUACGAUGACAUGAGUGUUAUGGUUAUCCGACUGCCUCAUUUUGCUUCAUGAACAUUAUAAUAUGCAUUAUUAACAAUAGCUAAGGCAAAUUAAUUAUUGGAAACCAACAUCAAUUGUACACACAAAAAAAAUAUAUUAGCAUGUGGUUUUAGACCCUAUUAGUUCUUCGUUGUUUGAUCCUACACAAUUACUUCCAUAACAGUUUAUUUUCAUAUAUUUAUUUAAUGGGAUCUAUGAAAUG